AGUCGACACUUUACUCGGCGUCCUCUUCCAGCUCGGCCCUUCAGUCCGCAGAGCAACUCGCGGGGGGAGUCCCUUCCCUUGGCUAGAAACCUACGUGGGGGCUCACUGAGGCCCGGGCCUCGGCGGCUCUGCAGCCGCUGGGUCCCCCGCCCCGGCGUAGGGCGGGGCUCAGAGGAGGCGCUGAGCUCGAAGGGCGGAGCUGGUCGAGGAGGAACGGUAGGCUGAGCGAGCUCGGGGCAGCCAAGGCUUCGAUGGCGCCCACACAUACCCCUGCAGGGGCUCGGGUGCGCCGCCGGCCCGCGACCCCGCCGCAGAUGGGAUGCGGAGGCCAGGAGCGGCACCCCGGGGGCUCCGCCGUCCCCGACCCUCCCCUGCCCGGCGAAGGAACAAAGGCGGGAGGUGGGACCCGCAGGCAGCCAGACUCCGUGGGGAGGGAUGGGGCGGGGCGGGGCGGGGCGGGCGACACCGCCUCCUUAAAGCCGGGCGGCUGGCGAGGUGCGCACCCCUCCGGCGCCGGCUCCUGCAGCGCGCGGGACUUCCCCUCGGGCCUGGGUCUGUGCUCCGUGUGCGCGCGGGCACAGGUCUCCUACACGCGGGGCCCGCAGCGGCGCCGCUUCCCCGCCGAGCAUGGGGCUGCCUCGGAGAGCGGGGGACCCGGCGGAGCUGCGCAAGAGCCUGAAGCCGCUGCUGGAGAAGCGCCGCCGCGCGCGCAUCAACGCAAGCCUGAGGCAGCUCAAGGGGCUCAUCCUGCCGCUGCUGGGCAGGGAGGCCAGAGACUGGUGCUCACGGCAGUCUGCGGGAGAGCUGUCUCGUUUGUCCGUGUCUCUGCCCCUCUCCCUCGUGGCCGGGCGCAGAGCUCCCACUGCUCGAAGCUGGAGAAGGCGGACAUCCUGGAAAUGACCGUGCGCUUCCUGCAGGAGCUGCCUGCGUCCUCCUGCGCGGCCACAGCGCCCACGCCCUCGGACAGCUACGGUGAGGGCUACCGCGCCUGCCUGGCACGUCUGGCCCGCGUGCUGCCCGCCUGCCGCGUCCUGGAGCCCGCCGUGAGCGCCCGCCUGCUGGAGCACCUGCGGCGGAGGGCGGCCGGCGCCACCCCCGACGGCGCGCGCGCUGGGGACUCCUGUGGCGCGGCCGCGCCUUCCCCGCCGCCCGCGCCUGCGCCUGCGCCGCCUGCGCCUCCCCGCGGCCCCGGCCUCUGGAGGCCCUGGUAGCCCCCUCGCCAGGCCACGGACCCCGCUGACUGCAAGAGACCGAGAGCGCCAGGCAGACCGAGGAAACUCGUGGUGCCGGCUGCUCUUUCCGCCCGGGGGACCAGCUCAGCACCCACCCCCAGGCUGGAACCCGGAUGUUUGUGAUCUGUGUGGCCGGCUGAAGGCGGUGGGGGCUCAGCUCGAGGAAAUAAGGAGAGCAGCCCAACCUCUUGCGUGUGUCUGGGCUGGAGAACAGGGCAGGGGGCUGCAGCGGGAGGAAGGAGCUCCCCUCCUCAGCUGCUGGAAGGGGCUCUAGAACUGGGCCCCAGCACUGGCACCAGCCCAAAGGCUGCAACAGGAGCUCACCGGAGCCGGGUGCAGCCCUCUAUUCUGACUGGUCGCUGCCUCCUUACAGCUCAGCCUGGGCACCUCUGGACACGCAAGAGCAAUGGCCUGAGGAGCUCUGCGGGCUGGGCAGCCAUCACCCCCACUCCUGGGCUCUCCUGUCCUGCGCUUGCAUUGAUAGGGACAGGGUGCAGCCAGGGCUAGGACUCUGUGUUGCUGGGGGUGAAGGCAUGGUAAGAUGGCCUUGGGAAGGACUUAUUUCCCCAAGCAUUCAGUGACCACCUAUGUACCACACCCCAGUCUAGGGGGCCUUGGGGUGUGCGGAAGGGGUGGGAUAAGAAGGAGGGUGCCCUGUGGCCUUAAGGAAGCUUGAGUCAGUGCCAGCGUGAGGUGAGCAGGCCUAUGUCCUGGAGCGGCAGAAAUUCCAUUUACUUGCAGAUAACAGCAAGUAAAGGAACAGGAAACACCUUUCCUGUCAGGACAGGUUACCGGAAGCCACUUGUUUCUCAGACUUCUUUUCCCUCUGCCCAGAAGCAAGGGGAGUCUGAGGAGACCUCAGGGAAGGGCGUGUGGCCCCCAGGCUUGGGUGCCCAGGAGAAGGCAGGGGCACCUGCGGCUCCUGGUUCACGGGGCUUCGCUGAGCACUCCAGGGAGGUUGGGACUCCCAACAGUCCCCAGUCCAACAUCCUGAGCAGGGGACCAGGGCACUAGAGACAAGAGGAACUGAUGGGGUGGGGGUGUUCACCAGAUCCAAGUAUGUCACAAAAAACCCUGGUGACCUGGGCACUGAUUUGGGUGGCCAGAUGUGGGACGCUGUGGGCGUUAUCGAAGGAAUCAAUGUUAAGACAGCAGGGGAGCCCCCAGCAAGGUGUGCUGUCCUUUGUCCUCGCAGACCCAGCUGGCUGGACUGUAAGCUCCUGGAGGGCAGGGCUAGGGCUGAGCCUACCUCUGUGUCCCCACGGAACUCAGCACAUGGUAGCUGCCCAAUAAAUAUCGUGAACUAACAAA